AUGGCAGCCUCCGCCACCACGCUGAGCGUGAAGCUCCUCAUCGACCGGAAGGCGCAGCGGGUGCUGUUCGCGGAGGCGGGCAAGGACGUCGUCGACUUCCUCUUCUCCCUGCUCGCGCUGCCCGUCGCCACGGCCGUGAAGCUGGUCGGGGAGGGUUCCGUGGCCGGCAGCGUCGGCAACCUAUACGCCAGCGUCGACAGGCUCGACUCCACCUACGUCCAGCCCGGCGCCGCCAAGGACUCCCUGCUCCGCCCCGCCGUGCUCUCCGCCGCCGCGGCCGGCAGCUCCCUCCUCUGCCUGCCGGCGCCGCCGUCCGGGCAGCCAAAGAGCUUCUACCGAUGCAGCUACCUCCAGACUAGCACCUGUUACCACUACGUGACGGACGCCAGCGGCACGAGCUGUCCGCAAUGCGGCAAGAAGAUGACGGCGGUGGUGCAGUAUGUGCCGCCGGCCCAGAAGCAGGAGCAGGACGUCUACACCGGAGCCACCAAAGGGUUCGUGCAGGGCAUCGUGACGUACACGGUGCUGGACAACCUGACGGUGACGCCCAUGUCGACCAUCUCCGGCAUCACCCUGCUCAACACCUUCACGGUGAGGGACCUCGCCGACCUCCAGGAGAGGACCGCGCAGCUCGGCUACAACGAGGUCAGUCCACUGUCGUUGGGCCUUUCGUCUGUUCUGAAGCAUUGGUCUGCUUUUGACAUACUGCUGUGCAUCAACGUUCGACACUUCGACAUGACUUCUCUGCAGGGCUUGGCGAUCCUGAAGGCGUCGCUGCAGUCCAAUACCGUCCUGACCGAUGUCUUCCUCGGCAACAAGAAGGCCCGUCGAGGUCGUGCUUGA